AUGGUUUCCGCCAAGAAGCACGUCCCUAUCGUCAAGAAGCGCACGAAGCGUUUCGAAAGGCAUCAACAUGAUCGUUUCAUGAGGGUAUCCCCAAGCUGGCGCAAGCCAAAGGGUAUCGACAGUCGUGUCCGCCGUCGAUUCCGUGGUACCAUUGCCAUGCCCUCUAUCGGCUACGGAUCCAACAAGAAGACCCGUUACAUGGCUCCCUCCGGCUUCAAGGCUUUCAUCGUCUCAAACAAGUCCGACUUGGAGCUCCUUUUGAUGCACAAUAAGACCCACGCUGCUGAGAUCGCCCACAACGUUUCUUCCCGAAAGCGAGUUGACAUCAUUGCUCGUGCCAAGCAACUGGGAGUCAAGGUCACCAACCCCAAGGCCAAGGUUACCACCGAGGUUUAA